AAGAUCUUAUUGAUGUUAAAGUAGAAGAUAUAAAAGUAGAUGAGCAGACGCAUGUGAUGGGUGAUCAGCAGUGUAAGGAGGAGGAAAUCCCUACAGAUAUCAGCACAGACUCCUCUAAAGAUCCAUCUACUGAUAUAAAGGAGGAAUCAGUCUCAUGUGAUGGAGACCUCACACAUACUGACAUGUAUACAGCCGCAGAUCAUACACAGAAAAUAUCUACUCAUCUAAAAAGCAACUGCAUUACAAAUGCGUCUUGCUCUGGAUGUGAAAAAUGUUUUACUCUUAAUUCAGACCUUGUUAUACAUCAGAGGAGUCACACAGGAGAGCCACCAUAUUCCUGCUCAGAAUGUGGGAAAGGGUUUAGAAGUAAUUCAGAACUUCUUGUACAUCAGAUGAUUCAUACAGAUGAAAAACUGUUUUCUUGCUCAGAAUGUGGGAAAUGUUUUAAAGUAAAUUCACAUCUUGUUAGACAUCAGAUGAUUCAUACAGGAGCAUCCCCAUAUUCCUGCUCUGAAUGUAAGAAAUGUUUUAGAUGUAAAUCAGAACUUGUUAUACAUCAGAGAAGUCACACAGGUGAGAGACCUUAUUCUUGCUCAGAAUGUGGGAAAUGUUUUAAAGUAAAUUCACAUCUUGUUAGACAUCAGAUGACUCAUACAGGAGCAUCCCCAUAUUCCUGCUCUGAAUGUAAGAAAUGUUUUAGAUCUAAAUCAGAACUUGUUAUACAUCAGAGAAGUCACACAGGUGAGAGGCCAUAUUCCUGCUCUGAAUGUGAGAAAUGUUUUACAGUGAAAUCAGAACUUUCUCGACAUCAGAGAAUUCAUACAGCUAAGAGACCGUUUUCUUGCUCGGAAUGUGGGAAAUGUUUUACAGGUAAAUCAAAACUUGUUAUACAUCAGAGAAGUCACACAGGUGAGAGGCCAUAUUCCUGCUCUGAAUGUGAGAAAUUGUGUAUAAGUAAUUCAGAACUUGUUAGACAUCAGAGAAUGCAUACUGGAGAGAAACCAUUUUCCUGCUCUGCUUGUGGGAAAUCUUUUACACGGAAAUCAGAUCUUGCUCGACAUCAGAAAAGUCACACGGGGCAGAGACCAUAUUCCUGCUCUGAGUGUGGGAAAUGUUUUACACGUCUUCCACAUCUUGUUAGACAUCAGAGUCUUCACACCGGAGAGAGACCGUAUUCUUGCUCUGAAUGUGGGAAAUGCUUUACACGUAAUUCACAACUUGUUGUACAUCAGAGGCGUCACACCGGAGAGAGACCGUAUUCUUGCUCGGAAUGUGGGAAAUGCUUUACACGUAAUUCACAACUUGUUGUACAUCAGAGAAGUCACACCGGAGAGAGACCAUAUUCUUGCUCAGAAUGUGGGGAAGGGUAUAGAAGUUUUCCAGAGCUUGUUAGGCAUCAGAGAUUUCAUACAGGUGAGAUACCGUUUUCUUACUCAGAAUGUGGGAAAGGGUUUGAAGUAAAUGCACUACUUGUUAGACAUCAGAUGAUUCACACAGGAGCAUACCCAUAUUCCUGCUCUGAAUGUGAGAGAGGUUUUUCAAUUAAAUCAGAACUUGUUAGACAUCAGAGAAGUCACACAGAUGAGAGACCGUAUUCUUGCUCGGAAUGUGGGAAAGGGUUUAAAAGUAAUGCAGAACUUGUUAUACAUCAGAGACGUCACACCGGAGAGAGACCGUAUUCUUGCUCUGAAUGCGGGAAAUGCUUUACAUGCAAUUCAGAACUUACUAAACAUCAGAAAAGUCACACAAGAGUGAACCCAUGAUAUAGGUCUGAGUGUA